UUCGCAGAAACGAAUAUUCAGUGACUGUCAACAAGAACAAACAAGAUAUUUCUGUGUUUUUAUUUAGAAAUCGGUGUCCAACUAUCAUUCCACUCGCCCUAACCCACCUAUUAUCCCAGUGGCAUGUCUGAAAGACUACUUACAAACAGAAAUCCAGCACAGGUAGAUGGUUUUCUAGACGGUUCUCAGAAGCUGUUGCAAAUACUAACAACCGAAAAUCACCCCAUUAACGAUUUCAACGAGUUUGUAGCACCCGUAAGUAACAUGGUGGUGGGAAGCGACGGACGCUUCGCGUACACAAGUCACCUAGUGAACCCCUACGAAAGAGAACAUUGGUGGAUCCCAAUGGACCACUGCUACGCCCGACCGUGGAACUGGCGUCCAGAGAGCACGUUCUUGCGCCCCACGAAAACCCUGUUCAUGCCAAAACAGCCACCGAGUAAACGAAAAUCGACGAACCCGCUGGCGCCGGUCCAGGAUUAUGAAGAAGUAAUUGAUGUGGUGGCGACUAGCAAUGAACCGUCGCCGAUUUAUGAUAAAACGAAGGCGAAAAAUUUGAUGGAGGAGUGUGAGAGGCAUGCGGCGUUGGCCAGAGUGGACGAUGGGGGUGAUGAUUGGGAAGAAAGUGUUCAGAGAACUGCGUGGACGACCACUCAAAAUAGGUUAUUUAAUGGAAUGUCUAGUAUUUUAAAUAGUGAUCAUUUGGCACGACUGGCACACACUGAUUCACAUAAUGAACCUGUUGCUAGACGCGUCACUAUUGAUAAAUCUGUGGAAAGAGUGCGGCGUUUAAUGGCCACUGUAUCAUGGGACCCAAAAUAUACACAGUGGUUGCACCAGAUAUUGAUUGAUCAUCUCAGCACACAGUAUCUUGCGUCAUAUCUGGAUAUUCUCCAAACCCUUAGGUCCAAACUUCCAACUUUUGUUGAUAAAAUGAUGACGGGCGCUAACUCAAGCAGACUGAGUAUGUUGGGUUAUGAAAGUCUGUUUCCCCUAAUGAAGCGACCUUGGGACCCUGUCGCUUUAAGUUUGAUGCAAGAUAAACCAAAGAAGUUGCCAGGCAAUCCGGUGAUUGUAGUGGUGCCAUCAACCCCCAUUUCUUCAAAAAGGAUGUUGAAGUGGAUUAAUUUGCUCUCAAAUUUGGCGACUGUGAUAACAAUUCCGUCAAAUUAUGGAGGAGGACCGGGACACAAAACGGCUAUGAUGAAUUGUGUAGAUCAGAUGUUUGUAAUGACAAGAAAUAAAAUCCAGGAUAUUCGUCUGGAUUAUCCUGGAAGAAACAUUGUUUUGGCGGGAUUUGGGUUUGGAGCAACUCUUGCAUUGCAAAUUGCUCAAGUUGAGCAAGUUUUGUGUGUUAUAAGUAUAGGUUUUUCACUUUUGACUGCCGAAGGAAAGAGAGGGGAACCUGAUGAUAAUUUGCUAGAGUUGCAGUGUCCUGUACUGUUUGUGAUUGGACAGUGUUCGAGUACGUCUCUGCAAGAGGAUAUGGAAGAUUUACGGGAAAGAAUGCGAGUUGAAACGGGUUUGAUAGUCGUGGGGGCUGCAGACGAUAAUUUACGUGUAAACAAAAAGAAGAAAAAAACUGAAGGUAUCACUCAGAGCGUCGUUGAUCGAUGCGUUGUUGAUGAAAUCGGAGAAUUUAUUAGCGGAAUUAUCUUGUCUCCAUACCCACCUCAGAUUCGGCAGUCUCCCACAAACUUGACGACUGAUGGAAUUAUGAGUAAAAAAAUUAAAACCGAAAGGAAGAGAUACAAUUCUAACACUAGUUCAAUAGAUAGUGAACCGCCUUCACCCACACCCAGGAUCACUAGACCAGGUCAUAACAGUUCCCCUAACUUGGGACGUCCACCGGGCUCAAAGAGCAAAUCAAAAUUGGAAGCAAAAUGGGCCGCCCAAGGUACCACCUCUUCUCCUAGUAGUAGUCCUCCCCACCUCUCCACUCUACACACACCUGAUACCUCAUCCAACGACAGUAACCUCACCGAUAAAUUAAACACCGACAUACCCACACCCGUUAAAAAAAUUAAAACCCUAAAACCGACGCUGGUGACGCCUGAAAAAUCCACAUCAUCCACCAAUCAACACACCACAUCUCCACCCAAUCAAGCCUCUACAGCAAAAGCGAUGGGUUUGCAGAACCGCUCCCUAUCAGGCUUACUGCAGAGCGACAUCCAAAGCAUCAUGCAACCAUCUAUGGUGAAAUCCGGCCCUUCCGGAAUAAAAGUUCUCGAGAACGUAAAACUAACAAGCGGUAUCCCGCCGAAAGUUUUCUCAAAUAACGGUAAGAUGCUCGAUUUGUCAAAAACCUCAGUAAUUAACACAAAAACCACCAAUCCGAAUUCGAUAGUGUUGUUGCCAGACGGUAAAAUCAAAAAUUUCCCAACCAAUGUCAAGGUGCCAGGUAAGGGAUUUAUUUUAAAUGUGGAAUCUGGUAUGAAUUGGAAGCAUGUUUUUUCACAAGGAGGCAGGUAUAUAACGUCAAAGAGACAACUCUUGGGUAACAAGCCACCAAAGCCGGUCAAAAAGAUUUCCUAUUUACCUCAGACGUGCUCGUUGCAAACCACUUUACCCCCACCUACGAAUCUAACCACCCAGGAUAUCAUGGACCUGCCGAUUAUAUUCGCAGACGAUAAUCAGAUUUUGGAGAACACGCUAACGCCGCCCGAGAUCAAACCUAUGUCGCAGAUUGUGACCUCGACGCCUACACCGAAGUUUAUUUCAGCGAGCACCCCGAAUAAGUUCAUGGUGAUCAAUAAACCGCAAAAUUUCAUUAUAUCGCCGACCCCGAAAAUGAACACACCUCCACCGGCGAAGGUGCAACCGAAAUACACAAAAAUUAUUCUCUCGUCUAAGAAAGCUCCAGAGCAUACAGCGACGAGCGUAAAUACAGUCAGGAAAGCGUCACCAGAGGUCGUUGUAAGAGAAGCUCCACCACCUGAAAUACCUACGUUGAAUUCAGCUGCAGAAGAAUUCGAUUUAGAGAACGAAAUAGCUGCCAGCACUUUGUAUAAACGAAAAGUUGAAGGAAGCGAUACCGAGUGUUUGGAAAUUGUUACUACGAAACCUGAUGAAUGUGGCACCAUUCCUGCGAUCUUGGAAGACAAGUGGGUGGGUCCGGGGGAAGCGUUGAAAAGAUCGGCCCAGGAAGCGGAAAUCGUCGAGGCGGAAGCUGGACCCAGUAAAAUUUUGAAACUCGACGCGGUUUAAAGAAGUUUGUUUUGUUCGUUACCACGGAAUUUGUUAGAUCUCAAUAAUUUAAUAAAGCAUAAUGUUUAUUA